UUAAAAUUGAGCCAUGGAAACGGCGAGACCUUUUGGGGGAAAUAGUUUUUUGAUUCAUUGUCAAAGAACACUACCAACAACACGGUAGCAUCAGUAAAUCCUUACAAUGAAGGCCUUUUUAAUUAACAAAUACAAGUGUUGCAGCGCUAUGGCAUCCUUAGUAGCUGAGAACGGAGAGAUGCAAAUGUUCUGACGCCUGUCCUCGGUCCUGACUUCAUGCACUGAGCAGUUCUACACACGCUAGGACGCUCCUUCGAGGUGAGCCAUGGCUGAACCAAACCCCUCCCGCCCCCAAAGGAAGAUGUCCACCGCUGGGGAGAGUGUGUACAAGGUGCUAGGGCUGGAGAAAGGAGCGACAGCCGAGGACAUCAAGAAAGCAUACAGGAAGCUAGCGUUGAAGUACCAUCCGGAUAAGAACCCGGACAACCCAGAGGCAGCGGAAAAGUUCAAGGAGAUUAACAACGCCAACUCUAUUCUAAAUGAUGAAACCAAGAGGAAGAUCUACAACGAGUAUGGCUCCAUGGGCCUUUACGUGUCUGAACAGUUCGGCGAGGAGAGCGUCAAAUAUUACUUCCUCAUGUCCAAAUGGUGGUUUAAGGGUCUGGUACUGUGCUGCACAAUGUUCACCUGCUGCUGCUGUUGCUGCUGCUGCUGUUUCUGCUGCGGGAAGUGUAAACCACCGGACGACGAUGAGAACUACCAGUACGUCAACCCUGAAGACCUGGAGGCCCAAAUCAAAGCGGAGCAGGACGGAGGUUACACAGUAAUCAUAGGCCAGCCCAAAUCUAGUCUGGGUCCAGAAAGCCCAGAAGGCCAGAGUCAGCAGCCCAUCCCAAUGCCACUGCCCAUGCCUCCCCCCGAGCCCCAGUCGCCGACCUUAGCCAGUCCAGCGGGGGAAGAAAACCCCGGAGAGACCCUACCAGAGUCGAAAUGACUCGAUAGUGACAGUGCAAAUGGGCCUCAACUAGGGGAAGCAGCCAUUCAAGCCCCUACGAUGAUCCAGCCACAUUCGACUGCUGCCAGAGAUCAACCAGCCCAAAGCCACCAGCCGGCCCAGGCCCACACCUCAAUCCGGACCCCUCAAGCCACCUGAUCUACCCCCUGGAAAACACCUGUAAAGUGGGCACCUAAAGGCUCUUGUCCACCACAUCAAUCCCCCCUUGCCCCCCAAAAUGGAACUCAAGUUAUGGAGGGGGUAUUCAUGCAAAUUAAACUACUUGCUGGGUUCCGAAAGUGCUAAUAUCCUCACUGAAAAUGUUAGUCCCCUUUCUCCUUCCAGCUUGCUACAUACUUUUAGCCUAGCCUGGGCUGGAUGUGGUCUUGCCAACCGUUUCAGUCAUCCAAGACUAAGCUUUGCGACAUGCCCGGAUUCCUCACCAAUCUGUUGUCGUCAUCCCAUAACUACCAGUGAGGACUGAGCUGCAAGAUGGCAAAACCAGUGAGAUACAAGGGCAAACAACAUCAUGGACGGGUGAUCCUCAUUAUGUAUCUGCUAUUCAGACUAGGACUGGAAUUAUCUCCCUCCUAACCGCCCUUGUGUCUCCCUCCAUUUUAGACUUUUUUUUUUUUUUUUUUUAAAUAUACAUUUCUCUCCUUUUUAACUAGUUUUGGAGUUGUCCUCCAAGUUAAAGAGAAGGAUGUUUUGGAUGCCACUUGUGACUGCUGCACUGCAACGUAGGUGUGGAGGACCGUUUUUCUCGUUUCCUCGUCCUUCAGUCUCGUUUCAACAAGCAGUCGCGUUCAGUUAAAUAUUGCAUUAACGCCCUCUUAACGUUCCUUUCGAACAAGCUCAAGAUGCCACGUGUGGCGGUUUGAAAUAUUCUUCUUUCGACGGAGGACUGAAGGAGCAACGUUUUCAAUCGGUGGGACCCUACUACAUGUCACAUGAACGCACAACCGCGAGGAGGGGGAACAGAGGAGAUGUGACUCAGCAGAAGUGACUGACAGAGGAUGUCUUCGAUGUUAAAUGUCUGAGCCAAAACCCGGAACUGAAGGUGUAGAGCCUGGAUCGGGAGCAGCGUCGAGGCUUUCCUCCCCGACGUGCAUGCAUUUCUUUCCCGAAUGCAUGCCCCUCCUCCCUCCCCCCCCCUGUACAGCACUGGAAUACAGUCCACACCCAAACCAUAAACAUGACAUGCAGAUUCUGGUUACACACUCAUACACAUUCCCCCCCCCCACACACACACACACGGGUAUAUAUGUAUAUAUACCAGCGCUUAUGUCAUUGUGUGCAACCAUGGGCUUUAAAAAAUACUAAUCUAACCCCCGGUGUAAUCUAUUGAUUAAAAUGGACACGGACAGAGAUGCCAUACGGUGGAAGAUAACCACAUUUCUAUUGAUUAUGUUUUGUUUGGUGGUUGCGCUCCUUCUUGUGUUGCAGUCAAACUACUAAGCCAACAGCUCCAUGUAGCCCGCCAACCCACGACAGUCUGCCACAGUUCACGUUGUCAAAGUGGUUUUUAUAGUCCACGUUUGGGUCUGUGCACCUUGCGAAGCGGGUCUGUUACCAUUUCAAGUGGUUUUAACCUCAGUCCAAGGUUUUAGUUUACCCCUUACUUCCGGAACAACAGAAACCGUCAGCUCUUAAGUUACUUGAUGAACCGUAAACUCAAAUCCAGAUUCACUAAGACUGCAUUGUAAGGGCAAUCUUCUGACUUCAUUGCGCCUCAAUUGCAUUUUCAUCCAUUCCUCGAAUUCACAUAAUGGGCUGCAGAUUAAUUUGUGGCCCUUGAAAAAAGUUCACUGAGAAAGCAAUCGUCCCUCCUUUUCUUAUCUUUUAUCUAUUUUAGUUUAUUUAUCAAGUGGUGCUUCUUUGCACCAUACAGUUCCUUUUCACAGUUGAGAUGGCCUCUUCCUCUGCUUCCAUGGCGACAGUGCUGUGCCUUCAACAAUAAGUGCAGCAGGGACGGAACAGACGACUAUUGAUGCAACAUUUUGAUGACUGUUUGUAGCUGUUGGGGGAGAAAUCAUCUGUAAAUACAGCGAAAACACACACGGGUACAUGGCCGUGAGAAGAGGCUUCAGUCCUUAGUUCUGCUCUUGGCUGGCAUGGCUGUCUCAUUUGUGUAUUUAUUGCUCCUCCCUGUGCAAACCCUUUAGUGAAUCUGGAUCAGUGUUUCAGCUGCACGGUGACAACAGCCACCAGAGAUGAUCCUGACUUUAGCAAAAAGUUUCACACGCACACUUUCUUUUUUUCGUCUUUUUUUUUGUUAUACACUUUACAUGUUCACUCAAUCUUUUAGCUCACUUUUAUUUGACAUUUUCCCCUUUUUUUGGGGGGGGGGAGGGGGAUUAUGGUCUAGUUAGAGAGGAGCAAUCUCACCCAUCAGUCACAGGCACUUUUUCAGAGCAGUUUAAUCUGCAUGGUCAACGUUGGUGCUGCAGCUAGUCAUGGGACAAUAUUGGAAUUUAAUGUCAAGGUUUUCCUGAACCAAAGUGACAAAUCUUUUCCAAUAAUCAUCAAAAUGUGCUUACCACUUUUUAAAUGGCACUUAAACAUACUGCAAUCACUUUACCUAGGAUAUUGUCAAGAACCGAUGAAAAAAAUCCCCAAUCUUAGAAAAGAUCAAUUUUAAGGUACGCCUGCAUCAAUAAAUAAAAGAUAAAAAAGUAAUAGCAA